UCUUCAAUGACCAGCAGUCAGAAUGUUGGAGAAAGUAAUACUUGGUGUCACUCUGUCCCUCAUCAUCCUCCUGACUGUUGGAGGAAAUGUGCUGGUGUGCCUGGCAGUCUGCGCCUCCAGACGCCUCCGCUGCCUCACGAACUGCUUCAUCGUGUCGCUGGCUGUGACGGACUUGCUGCUCGGCCUCCUGGUCCUCCCCUUCUCGGCCCUCCUGCAGUUCAGAGAGGAGUGGCCGCUGGGCCCCGUCUUCUGCAACUUCUACAUCUCCAUGGACGUUAUGCUGUGCACUGCCUCCAUCCUCACCCUGCUGGUCAUCAGCCUGGACCGCUACCUGGCAGUCACCAUGCCACUCAGGUACGCCUCGCUGGUGUUGCCAUGGAGAGUUGCUGUAGCCAUGGCGAGUGUCUGGACUGUGUCUGUGGCUGUGUCUUUCCUGCCCAUCCAAAUGGGCUGGAACACCGUCAAUGGGACCGUGCAGAACUACGGGCCCGGGGCUUCAGAGAAGAAAUGCCGUUUCGAACUGAACAGGCCGUACGUACUGACUGACUCUGUCCUUACCUUCUACCUGCCUCUGCUGACAAUGUGCUGGACUUACCUCAGGAUACUGCGCAUUGCACGGGCGCAAGCCAAGCGCAUUAUCAGCGCUCGGCCUACUUGCGUCACCAGCUACAACUGCAGGAGCAAUCCCCCCACCAAGACCACGGUGGUCUGCAGCGUCACGGCAGUGGCGCUGAGGGAGCACAAAGCCACAGUCACUCUGGCUGCCGUGAUAGGUGCUUUUGUCGUGUGCUGGUUACCUUACUUUAUCCUAUUCACUGUUCUAGGCCUAAAGGAGCAUCCGGACCCGAGCACAGAACCAGAAUUUACCAUUGUGUUGUGGCUGGGUUACGCAAACUCAGCCAUCAACCCAAUCCUUUAUGGAGCUCUCAACAGGGACUUCAGGUCAGCCUACACACAGCUGCUGAGGUGCCGAUGGUGUUCUUACAGUAGUUGGAGGAACCGACAACCCUCUCCCAACUUAAACGCAGGCAGGAAUCAGGUCUCUGAGGCGACCCUGCUGUGUGGACACACUCCUGCCACCUGCAGGUCUGCACAAACAGAUCAAAACCUCAUCCUUCAAGAGGCGACCUGCAGGAAAGCCACGGCCAUCCAGUUCACAAAUGGCACAUCUGCUGCCACAGAUGCCAACGGCAAUGGAAGGUAA